AUGUUGCGGAGGUGGUCAGGCCAGACCAGCAAAGUCGGUCCCGCACGGAAAGCCAGCAUCAAAAAUGUCCUGGCGGCGGACGCGGUCAUUAACAAUCAAGCGGAAGGGGCUGAUGUCGACGGCCCUAUCGGCGAUCAGCAACCGCUCGGUGGGAGGAACCCCCUCUACAAGGACGGUGCCGCAGAUGGAGAAGAAGGAGAAACGAAAGAAGAAUCGGUUCUCGGCCACAUCAAACCCCUCCCCGGCUCCAAAGAAGCGUUGUUCAAGCGUCGGAUCUCAGCGUCUUCCGCAGGGGCGGCGGUGUUGGGUUCUUCCAAGGAUCUCGGGAUCGAAUCUGAGAAACAUGAAGAGAUGCAAAAGUUCAUGGAUCACAUCAAGCAGCAGCCGAGGGCGACGUACGUGCCAAUGGGCUGUGCGGAGAAGAUCCUUGAGCAGGCGGGGGCGACCGCCGAGGAGACCAAGACAAGGCACCAGAAUGUUGUGGUGACUCUCGACGCCACGUACCGCGCGAUCAACCAAAGAACAACGAGGCACUACGCCGACCUGAUUCUGCGUCUUCAGCAGGAAAUGCGAACGGAGCUCCGCCGGCUGGCGAAGGAGAGUAAGACGCAGGAAGAGCUAGUCGAGAAUCUCAGGGACAAGAUUGCCUCGCAGACGGCUGCCGCUGCUGCUAGGGAACAAGAAUUUGCCGCAGAACGGGAGAAGGAGCGACUGAUGCGUGUGGGCGAUGUGGCCGAAUUCAACGCUGUUAAGCAAAACAUGGCAGAAGAGACCCGGCGAGUGCUGAGCACGGCCCAGAGUGCCGCGAAGCAGGCGUCGGAGGCUGCAGUGCAGAGCCGAACGGAAGACGCGAGGCGAAGGAGCAUCCAAAGGGUAGCGCUUGAGGACAAGGCCGUGCGAACAACUGUUGCUCUGGUUCUUUCGAAUGUUGUCUCGGCUGUGGAGGAGAGGGAGCACCAUCACAGCCGUGAAGACCUGCACAGGGGGCUGACAACCGCAAAGGGCGAGCAGGGCCUCCUAAGGACAGAAUUGACUCAGGCUAUGAGCGUCACCCAGUCCCUUCGAGAUGAGAACGCUCAGCUGAGUAAGGAAGGUCAAACCCUUCGAGAAGAGGCCAUCAUAUUGAAGGCGGAGCUCGAGGAAAUGAGUAAGAAGGUGAUGCCGUCAGGAUCCGGUGUAGAGAAGGAAGACAUAGUUCAGAGCCAGCAGCAUGGGGCGAUCAAUCAGGGGGGCGACGAUGCGGGUGAAGCUGUCAGAGCGCGUGUGGAGCGGGAACAGGCAGAAGCUAUGGCAGAAGACGAAAACAACUUCAUGGUGGUACUGGAGCUUGUCCGGCGGAGGCGAGAGGCCAGAGAAGCGGCGGCAAGGGUGACCGUCCUGUCGAACCUCCUGGAGAAAGAGCAUGCCACCGUCCGACAGUUGCAUCAUGACGCAAAGGCACUCGCCAACAGCCGCGCAAAGGCACCAGAUGGUGCCGUAUCGGAGACGCCUAGGGUGGAGCUGGAGGCAGGAGAACCGGAAACUGUGCAAACGGUUGGCGAACAGGAAGCUGCAGAAGCCGAGGAGGAGAAAAAGGCCAUGGAGAAGGCGAUGGAAGACGCCGUUGCAGAGCAGAAGAAGCGUGAGGAGGCGGAACAGGAUAAGAAAGCACUCGGAGUUUCAACACAGCGGGUCGCGGAGCUAGAGGCUCAAGCUAUCUCCCUCACGGAGGAGUUGGCGACAGCCAAACAACAGGCGGCGGAUGCUCGUGCAGCGGCACACAGCGCAGAGAAGCAGUUACUAGCGCCCUCCGUCGCCCCCGCGCCGUUGGUUGCCGUCACGGCGACAACGCCCACUGUGGCGUCAACUGCGACGGCGUCACUGGCGGCCGCGGCCGCGGCGGGUGUCGGUGCAGCUGGCCGAGGGGCGGAGGAAUCGGCGGCUUCUUUGGCAGAGGCCGCGGUUGUGGCUGGAGGCGAGGGCAUUGCGACCCCUGUUGGGGUCGGUGUCGGUCUGAAGAUUGAGAAGGGGCCAAGCUCGGAGGCUUUGAGGUUGGAGGAGCUCAAGGCCGAGCUGCAGGCCACGACGGUCGCGAAGAAGAAGGUCAAGGCCGAAAUCAAGGGAUGGCUAAAAGACUUCGAAGAAAGGGAGGGCAGGCCGGCUGGCAACGAAGAAAAGGGGGCAAUCAGGGAUAAGUUUGUCGAGCACAAGAAGCUGGAGAAAGCUUUAGCCAAGCUCGCGGCAGACAUUCAGGCACUGGAGGCCCAAAUAGAGAAGAAUGAUAGUCUUGCGGCAGAGGGCGGCGGAGGAGCAACGACCAUGCCCAACACGCCUGCCACUCCCGCUAUGGCCGGCUUCGGCGGUGGGUACGCUGCCGGCGCCGGCUUCGGGGACACGUCGACGGCGGCCGUCGACGCCGCCGCAGCCACAGCCAUGCUCGAAAAGCUCCGCGAAGAGAAUACUUCACUGACAGCAAAGCUGGAGGAGUCCGAGAGGAGGAAAGCGCAGCUCAAGACGGCGUUAGGAGAGCUCAACAACACAACCGUCAAGAUGCUGGGUAGCGUGCAUUCCAGCGCGACUGCAUUGGAACCGCCAUCCCCCUCCUCCGACCCAGCAGCGGUGGUUCCCUUUCAGCAGAAGGAUGGCGGGCAAUCAGCCCAGCAGACAAUCUCAACACUCGAAAAAGAAGGGGCCUUGGCGGCGGAAGAUACGGGCAUCAGGGAGGCGGAGUUGGACGAGAGCUUACGGGUCGCCCAGCAGGAGGCUCGCGAUGCGGCCUUGGCAUCGAAGAAAUCGGAGCACCUGCGCGAACAGGCUUCGCUCGCGCUGGAGGCGGCGAGGGAAGAGCUCAAGGCCUGUCAACUCGUUGUGGACGAGGCCUCCGAAGCGGCGCGGCUUCGAGAUCAGGCGAGCGAUCACUGCCUACUGCGCGUGACAGAAGACAAGCUAGAGGUGGAGGCACUCAAAGUCGACCUCGACGCUAAAUCUAGAGCCGCCACCGCCGGUUGGGACGCGGCUGCGAACGCAGAGAGCGAGGCGGAGGCUGCCGAGGCGCGCGGGCUACAGGCGGGCAUUAAACGUGGUCGCGCAGAGGCUGAGUGGAAGGUGCGGUCCCUGAAAGAAGAGCUGUCGAAGGCAACAGCUCUCUCUGGUGCUAGUGUUGCUGUCGCCAGUGCCGCCGAUUCCGCACGAUCUGCAGCGCCACCAUCGCCAAUGCUAGAUGCCCUCGACACCAAAACAGAGAUCACCGUCUGUGGCGCAAGCACCGUCGGAGCCGCAGCCGCCGCAGUUGCCGCCGCUGACACCAUCUCCGACACGAAGCAAGGUAUCGAUCGUAGUGGUAGCGUCGAAGCCUGGGUCAGCGAAGCCGGCGAUGGCGGCGAUGGCCUUUCUCCGGCGGAGCGGAAAGCCCGGGAGCUAGAAAAUGCGGAGAAGGAGCUGCAGAACCUGAGGGAGAGGGAGCAGGACGCGAAAGGCGAGGCCGAGAGAAUGGCCGAUGAGCUACAGCGGGCGAGCGUCAGGCAGGAGAAACAGCGGGAGCGAGAGGCCGGCCUCGUGUCAGCAGUCGCCUCGCUGGAAAAGGAGAAGGAAGCCUUAUCCCGAGGAAUGGAAAUGGCGCAAGAAAGGCGGACCGCGGAACAGCUGCGACUGGCCGCCGCAACUCUCGUCCACGCCAUUAAGGAGGGCACCGAGCUCUGGAAGAGGGAGCGCCGGGAGGAGUGCCACGCCCUGUACGUCAAGGCCGGUGGCCGCGCGGUGUCCCAGAUGCCUCCGGGGCAGGCCGUGGACGACCUUCGCGUUGCUAUAGCAGCGGCCAAGGGCCUCAACCCUGCCAAGGCGGCGAUAGCUCUCCGCAAAGCGUUCGACACGGUCAUUGAAGCGGCGAUGGUUGCCAAGGGGACCCUCGAACAACAGCGGAGCGCAGCCCGCAGAUCCGGCUCGAACAGCAAUCGGAACAGCGCAUCUUCGGCAACGGGGGGGCGCGGGCGCGGUAGCCGAGGCGGAGCAUCGUCCCCUGCCUCCGCCUCCGCCUCCGGAAGUGUUUCGCCUGCGAGAAACGCCGCUGCUCCCACCGCUGCAGGGAACACGGCUGCCGAUGUGGCACAAAACGCCGCCGCCAUCGCGACCGCGCUCGCUGCCUCCGCUUCCUCCGCCGACGAAGGCAACGAGAACGCGGCGAAGCAGGAUGGCAGCACGACCAAGGUGGCGUCCCUGCAGCGGCAGCUCGAAGCGCUGUCGGCGAGGCAGAAGGAGUCGGCGGCGGCGGCGGUGGCGGCCGCGGCUUUGUCCGGAGACGGGUUCUCGGACGAUGAUGACGACGACGACGACGACGACGACGACGACGGAGACGGAGAGGGAGAAGGAGAAGGAAAGGCCAAGGGGGGUGCGUCUUUGUUGGAGGUUGCCACGCGGAGGUGCACGGAGAUGGAAGACAAGAUCGAUGACCUGGAGGUGGAGUGCAAAGCUUUACGCGAAGCGCUUGCCGAGCAGCCGCCAGCCGCAGGAAGCGACGGUAUAGGCAGCAAAGCGCCACAAGGUGGAAGCGGUGGCGUGUCGUCUGCCCGGGCUCGGGCUGAUGCGCUAAGGAUCAAAUCCUUGGAGCAGAAGAACAAAGACGGGGUUGACCAGGUGACGAAACUUGAGGCGCACGUGGCCAAGCUUAAAGCUGCUUCAAACGCAGCGAAUGGCAAGGCGUCCAAAGCCGAAGCCCACGCUGCAGAGGGUAAGGUCAAAGCUGUGGAGGCCAAGAUGCAGAAGGAAACUGAGAAACUCGGCGCUGAGCUCGAGGCGGCCGCCAAGGGCUGGGAGAGCUGCAAGAAUGACCUCGCGCAGCUCAAGAAAGAACGAGACGACCUACGCCAGCAGGUCUCUUCCAUGGGAACCAUGGGUGAGGAGAUGCAGGUCCUGAGAACUCGGGCUGAGGCCGCCACACGUUUGGAAUCGGAGCUGGAGGAGGCCACGGCCAACACCAGCCGCCUGGAGGACCUCUUCCAAGUAGAGCAGUCGUUGCGGAAGAAGUACUGGAACAUGAUGGAGGACAUGAAGGGCAAGAUCAGGGUGUUCGCGCGAUGCAGGCCCUUGGCUCAGUACGAGUUGAACCAAGAUUGCAAACGGGCUGUACGUUUUGUGGACGACUCGACGGUCGAAGUGGACGGUCAUCACGGGGCGAAACAGUUCGUAUUCGACUCGGUGUUCUCCGAAGAGCAUGGGCAGGCGGCCAUCUUCGAGGACACGAGAAAUCUUGUCCAGUCUGCUCUGGAUGGGUUUAACGUUUGCGUGUUUGCGUAUGGUCAGACCGGCUCGGGCAAGACGUGGACGAUGACCGGAGGCAAAGGAGAUCAGCGCGGUCUCACACCGAGGGCAAUCGAGGAGGUCUUUGGAAACAUUGAAAAGGCCAAGGGCGCUCUCGAGGUCAAAGUGUCGUGCUAUUUCAUCGAGCUGUACCUCGACAACCUUCGAGACCUUCUGUUCGCGAUGGACCACCCUACAGGGACGCCGCCGAGGCUAGAGAUCCAUAUGGAUAGCAACAAGAUGGUUGUCGUCAAGAACGUGGUGGUCAAGGAGGCGCGUGACGCGAGUGACCUGAUGCAUCUGUUCGCCGCGGGGAACCACCAGCGCAAGGUCGGCGGCACGAAGAUGAACGCAGAGUCCAGCCGCUCUCACUCCGUCUUCAGCGUCCUUCUGGAGGUGUACAACAAGGCUUCCAAGAAAACAACAACCGGCAAGCUGUCGCUGGUGGAUCUCGCGGGCUCGGAGAGGGCUGACAAGACGGGGGCCACCGCGGACCGCCUGAAAGAGGCCCAGAGCAUCAACAAAUCUCUGUCAGCAUUGGGGGACGUGAUCUCGGCGCUUUCCAGAAACGAGAAGUUCAUCCCAUACAGGAACAACAAACUCACCCAGGUUAUGCAAGACUCCUUGGGUGGCAACGCCAAAACGCUCAUGUUCGUCAACAUCUCGCCGGCGGACUACAACCAGGACGAAACCGUAACGGCUCUCACGUACGCCACCCGCGUGAAGCUAAUCACGAACACCGCCGAGAAGCAGCAGGAUGGGGAAGAGGUAUCGCGGCUCAAGGAAACUAUCCGCAGGCUCCGUGCAGGAGAGCAGCACGACGACCGUGCCUCGGGUGGCAACGGCGACAGGGAUGAGGACGGUGGAAAAGAGGACACCUAA